GGAGGCCUGAGGCCAGGGAAGGCGGAAGGACUGGGCCAGCCCAGCAUCCGAGCGCGGAGCCGCUCCCCCUCGCGCUGCGGCGGGAUCCGCGGAGCCCGCGCCCCGACCCCGAGCGGCCGGCGCCAUGGGCUCGGCGCUGCUGUGGUUCUGCAACUGGAGCACCCUGGGCGUGUGCGCGGCGCUCAAGCUGCCGCAGAUCUCCGCCCUGCUGGCGGCGCGCAGCGCGCGGGGCCUCAGCCUCCCGAGCCUGCUGCUGGAGCUGGCGGGGUUCCUGGUGUUCCUCCGGUACCAGGUUUACUACGAGUACCCGCUGCUGACCUAUCUGGAGUACCCCAUUCUCAUCGCACAGGAUUUCAUCCUGCUCCUCUGCGUGUUCCGUUUCAACGGGAACGUGUACCGGGCGGCGCCCUACGUCGCCCUAUUUGUGACGUCCUGGUUCCUGCUCACCCUGCAGAAGUGGAUCAUAGACCUGGCCAUGAAUUUAUGUACUUUCAUCAGCGCGGCCAGUAAGUUCGCGCAGCUGCAGUGCCUGUGGAAGACGCAGGACUCCGGGGCGGUGAGCGCGCUGACCUGGGGCCUGGCUUCCUACACCAGCGCCACAAGAAUAAUAACUACCUUAAUGACCACCAAUGACCUCACAAUCCUUACACGUUUUGUGGUCACGCUGGCUUUAAACCUGUGGGUGACAGCGACAGUCCUCCGCUACCGGAAGACGGGUGUAAAGGCUGAAUGAUGGAUGCGUAAUUCUGACACACAAAGUGGAUUUGGAGUAACUGAACCAAAGGAAAGAAGAACUCAUUGCUAAAUCGAGGUCUUUUAUAAAUUAGUCAAUCAUUUCUGAAACUCUGGAGCCAAAGGUAUUUUAGACUUGAAAGAGCCAUUCAAACACGUGUUUAAAAAUGACCCUCCCACCCCCCACUUUACUAGGUCAAGUUGGGACACGGACAUCUGCAGUGUUGAGAAGGUUGGUGGUUAAUGGAAACCAUCCAACAACCAUUUUGAGAUUGCUUUGCCUCUUAAAAGUCAUGAUUAAGUUCUCUCCAAAGAGCUGACUCUAUUUUUCAGUUUUCAGAAUCUUUUAAGAAAUAAGUCCUCUCCACAGAAAAAAUGAGCAUCAAGUGGGUUUUGCUCCGUCAGAAGAGUUGUAAUCAAUUACUAGGGGUUCACUUUCUGGGACUAGUGUCUAAUUGCAACAGAUAUGACAGGAUGGCUUUAAUGUAUCAUAAUACAGUAUAAUACCUGCUUACGUGUCACAAGUCUAUCAGGGCAAGCAAAAAUAUAACUGGCUUGAAUUCAUAUGCCAAAGCAGUCCUUUAACUUCAUACUGUGCCUUUAAGUAAUUCCUAACAAAAUGUACUAUUGGAUGCAAUCUCUGUGAUGAAGCAAUUCACGUUCUGAUUUAAGCACAAUGCUGCCUUUUUUUAAAACUGCUUUUAAUAUAUAUGUGUGUGGUGUGUGUGUGUGUAUUAGUACAUAUACGCACACAUAUAUAUACACACACACACAUAUAUAUAUAUAUAUAUAUAUAUAUAUAUAUAUAUAUAUAUAUAAUUGAUUCUGGAGAGGGAGAUGUAGAAACAUCAAUAAUGAGAGAGAAUCAUUUCACUGAUUGGCUGCCUCUUGCAUGCCUCCCUCUGGGGAUCAAGCCUGCAACCCAGGCAUGUGCCCUAACCAGAAAUCGAACAGUGACCUCCUGGUUCAUAGAACAACGCUCAACCACUGAGUCACACUGGCCGGGCAAUGCUGUCAUUUUUAUAGAGGCCACAGCCAUGCAAUUAACCAUUCUUAGAAUUUGGUACAAAAUACAGCUUAUCUCGACCAGGUUUUGUGUAUUGAAAAUAUAUGUAGUAAACGGUAUUGCUGAGUUCUGGCAAUCCUUAUGGAUUCUAUUCUCAUUACAGUAUCAUUCUAAACAUGAUAAGAUUAUUAUUAUACAUGGUAUUUUUCUAUAAAAGUUUAUAAAGCCUAACACUUAAAAAACUCUUUUCCCUCUUAUAACUGAAUGGCAUUAUUUUGGUGUGUAUAUACAUAUAUGCAGUAAGUAAAUGAUGCUUAUUGGAUGUUUUGAUUUCCUGUGUAAAAUAAACUUUCAAAUUUUGAAA